AGAUGUCCUUGCGCUGCCAAUCUUCAAGCAGGAAGAACCGCAGCUGUCUCCUGAGAAUGAUGCCAAGCUGCCUCCCUUUCAGUACGUCCUCUGCACGGCCACAUCACCUGCUGUGAAACUGCACGAAGAAACCCUGACCUACCUCAACCAAGGUCAGUCUUAUGAAAUCCGUCUACUUGAGAAUAGGAAAUUGGGAGAGUUUCAAGAUUUAAACACAAAAUAUGUAAAGAGUAUAAUUCGUGUAGUUUUCCAUGAUCGACGCCUGCAGUACACAGAGCAUCAGCAGCUCGAGGGCUGGAGGUGGAGUCGGCCUGGGGACCGCAUCCUUGAUAUAGAUAUUCCGCUGUCAGUUGGUAUCUUGGAUCCCAGGGCCAGCCCAACCCAGUUGAACACUGUUGAAUUUCUGUGGGAUCCAUCAAAGAGAGCCUCAGCAUUCAUUCAGGUACAUUGCAUCAGCACAGAAUUUACUCCGCGGAAACAUGGAGGAGAGAAAGGGGUACCCUUCCGGGUGCAAAUCGACACCUUUAAGCAGAAUGAAAAUGGUGAAUACACAGAACACUUGCAUUCUGCAAGCUGCCAGAUCAAAGUGUUCAAGCCUAAAGGAGCAGACAGAAAACAGAAGACUGACAGGGAAAAAAUGGAGAAGAAGACCACCCAAGAGAAGGAGAAGUAUCAGCCUUCCUAUGAGACAACUAUUCUCACAGAGUGCUCUCCCUGGCCAGAUGUGCCUUAUCAAAUGAACAAUGCUCCAUCUCCAAGCUACAACAGUUCUCCCAACAGCUUCAACCUUGGAGAUGGCAACAGUUCUCCAACCCACCAAGUGGAGCUCCUGCCUCCCAGCAAUGAUCAUCUCCUUCCUUCUGCUUCUAUUCAAGAUGCCCAGCAGUGGCUUCAUCGUAAUAGGUUCUCUCCAUUCUGUAGACUCUUCUCAAGUUUUUCGGGUGCUGACUUACUGAAGAUGUCCAAAGAAGAUUUUGUUCAAAUCUGUGGGCCUGCUGAUGGAAUUCGGCUCUUUAAUGCAAUCAAAGGAAGAAAUGUAAGGCCCAAGAUGACAAUUUAUGUCUGUCAAGAACCAGAGCAAAACAGGUCCCAUCUCCACCAAAAACGAGAAAAUGGAGAUGGCAGUCUUUGUGUAUAUCAUGCAAUCUUCUUGGAAGAAUUGACCACGCUGGAAUUAAUCGAGAAAAUUGCAAACUUGUACAGCAUUUCUCCACAGCAGAUAAAUCGAAUCUAUCGGCAGGGACCCACAGGGAUCCAUGUAUUAGUGAGCAACGAGAUGGUACAAAACUUCCAAGAUGAAUCUUGUUUUGUUAUCAGCACAUUAAAAGCUGAAAGCAAUGAUGGCUACCACAUCAUUUUAAAAUGACCGUGCUGCACAGAAAGACUUUAACAGCCUAAAAUUUAGUGCCUCACUGAGAUUGCUACAACCUAGACUGGAAACAUGAAGAACCUUCUGGAUAAAAUGCUCCUAUGAACUAAGAAUUACCAAACAGCUUAAGGAAGAACUUGCUUUUAUAGAUAUACAUUUUUGGUGGUGUGUUUUUGUUUUGUUUUUGGGGUUUUUUUUUUUAAGCCGGAGCUGAGAACAUCCUCAAAGCUUGUGCAUGUUUCUUCCUCCUUCCCUCUUUAGUCUUAAAAAUUGUCGAGGUUUCUGCUUAUUGCUUAGAAAC